ACUACACACAACUCAAGCUCCAUCGCUUCUCAAGAGAUAAGUACACCUCCUGGAUUGGUGUUUUUUGCAGGAGGCCCAAAUGGAGAAGUCCAAACUUUCGCUCGUGUGGCGCCGCUGACCUACGUUGCUGCGUGAUGGCCGUCUGAUAUUUGUCAACCUGACUGCGCUCACUGGCACCUGGCUCAAGCAGGGCAGGAAAAGCCAACUGGGAAAAUGGCAAAAUACCACUGGCAGAGUCAAAAUGUGAAGCAAAGUGGAGUGGACGACAUGGUCCUGUUGUCCAAGAUCACAGAGGACGCCAUUGUGGAGAACCUCAAGAAAAGAUACAUGGAUGACUACAUUUUUACUUACAUUGGCCCUGUAUUGAUAUCAGUCAACCCAUUCAAACAGAUGCCCUAUUUCUCUGACAAAGAAAUUGAACUCUACCAAGGAGCAGCCCAGUAUGAGAAUCCCCCCCACAUCUACGCCUUGACUGACAACAUGUACAGAAACAUGAUGAUCGAAGGAGAAAAUCAAUGUGUUAUUAUCAGUGGUGAAAGCGGGGCGGGAAAGACUGUGGCUGCCAAAUACAUCAUGGGCUACAUAUCCAAAGUAUCAGGCGGAGGCGGAAAAGUUCAGCAUGUCAAAGACAUCAUCCUGCAGUCCAAUCCUCUACUAGAAGCCUUCGGUAACGCCAAAACUGUCCGCAACAACAAUUCCAGCCGCUUCGGGAAAUACUUUGAGAUUCAGUUCAGCAGAGGUGGAGAGCCCGACGGCGGCAAAAUCUCCAACUUUCUGCUGGAGAAGUCCAGGGUGGUGAGCCAGAAUGAUAGCGAAAGAAACUUCCACGUCUAUUAUCAGCUAAUAGAGGGCGCUAGUGCUCAGCAAAAGGAGGCCCUGGGCAUCAUGACACCGGACUACUACUUCUACCUCAACCAGUCUGGAACCUACAAAGUGGAUGGAACCAAUGACAGCAAGGACUUCCAUGAGACGAUGGAAGCCAUGCAAGUGAUUGGGAUCCCAAGUGACAUCCAAGCCCAGGUGCUGCAGAUAGUUGCCGGCAUCCUCCACCUAGGGAACAUCACUUUCAUCGAGGCUGGCAAUUACGGCCAGGUGGAGAGCAUGGACUUGCUGGCCUUCCCCGCCUACCUGCUCGCUGUGGACCCCAACCGUCUGCAGGAGAAGCUCACCAGCCGUAAAAUGGACUCAAAGUGGGGAGGGAAGUCAGAGUCCAUCAACGUGACCCUCAACCAGGAGCAAGCCAACUAUACACGAGAUGCCCUGGCCAAAGCGCUCUAUGCGCGCGUCUUUGACUACCUGGUGGAGGCCAUCAAUAAAGCCAUCCAAAAACCGCAUGAAGAAUUUAGCGUUGGCGUCCUAGACAUUUAUGGAUUUGAGAUUUUCCAGAGAAAUGGAUUUGAACAAUUCUGCAUCAACUUUGUCAAUGAGAAGCUCCAACAAAUCUUCAUUGAAUUGACUCUGAAGGCAGAGCAGGAGGAGUACGUUCAAGAGGGCAUCAAGUGGACUGCGAUCCAAUACUUUAACAACAAGAUUGUUUGCGACCUUAUUGAAAAUAAACUGAACCCUCCAGGCGUGAUGAGCGUGUUGGAUGAUGUGUGCGCCACCAUGCAUGCCAAAGGCGAGGGCGCAGAUGGUACUCUGCUGCAAAAGCUGCAGGCUGCCGUGGGAACCCACGAGCACUUCAACAGCUGGAACUCGGGCUUUGUUAUUCAUCACUACGCUGGAAAGGUGUCUUACGAUAUCAACGGCUUUUGCGAGAGAAACCGGGACGUGCUUUUCCCAGACCUUAUUGAGCUGAUGCAAAGCAGUCAUCAUGAUUUCAUCCGCUAUUUGUUCCCUGAAAACCUCAACACAGACAAGAAAAGUAGGCCAACGACAGCAGGAUCCAAAAUCAAGAGACAAGCGAAUGACCUGGUCAACACGCUUAUGAAAUGUACUCCUCAUUACAUCCGCUGUAUAAAACCCAACGAGACAAAACGGCCUAAAGACUGGGAAGAGAGCAGGGCUAAGCAUCAAGUGGAAUAUCUCGGAUUACGAGAAAACAUCCGCGUACGGAGGGCUGGUUAUGCAUACCGCAGGGUCUUCGCUAAAUUUCUGCAAAGGUACGCCAUCCUGACUGCUGAGACAUGGCCAUGCUGGAGAGGUCCAGAGCAGCAGGGAGUCCUUCACCUCCUCCGCUCCGUUAACAUGGAUAACGACCAGUACCAGAUGGGCCGAAGCAAAGUCUUUGUUAAAAACCCAGAAUCGCUGUUUCUUCUGGAGGAGAUGAGGGAAAGAAAAUUUGACACCUUUGCCAGGAUCAUUCAGAAGGCCUAUCGAAGAUAUAUCGCUAGGAAGAAGUAUGAGCAGAUGAGAGAAGAAGCUUCAGACAUCCUCUACAACGCAAAGGAGCGGAGGAAAAACAGUAUCAACAGAAACUUUGUGGGCGACUACCUGGGUCUGGAGCAGAGGCCUGAGCUCAGACAGUUCCUAGCCAAGAGGGAGCGGGUGGACUUUGCAGACUCUGUCAACAAAUUUGAUCGAAGGUUCAAGUCCAUCAAGAGAGAUUUGAUCUUGACGCCUAAAAGCAUCUAUCUGAUUGGUCGAGAGAAAGUGAAGAAAGGUCCCGAGAAAGGGCAAAUAAAGGAAGUGCUGAAACGAAAGCUGGAGUUUGGGAGCAUAAAUGGCGUCUCACUCAGUACGAGACAGGAUGACUUUUUUAUUCUGCACGAGGCAGAGUACGACAGUCUGCUGGAGUCCAACUUCAAGACGGAGUUCCUCAGCUUGUUGUCCAAACGUUACGAAGACGUGACCAGGAGGAAGCUUGCCAUAUCCUUCACAGACAGACUAGAGUUCAGAGUGAAGAGAGAAGGCUGGGGAGGAGGCAGCUCCAGGGUGGUGACAUUCCAGAACGGAAUAGGAGACCAGGCCCAGCUCAAACCUUCAGGAAAGACCCUCACCAUCUCAAUCGGGAAUGGACUCUCCAAGUCUUCCAAACCAACGAGGAAAGGUGGUCAGCAGUCACGUGGUGGAGGGGCAAAUCAGAGAGCCAGCAGAGCACACCAGAAUGGAGCGACCCAGUUCGCCAGAGGACCCAAACAAUCGGCUAGUAUGUAUUCCUCACCGCAGAAUCAGCACAGACCUCCUCAAACGGCCCUGCCCAAACUGGGCUCCCAGAGAGCUCCCAGGAUACCCACCCAAAACCACAGUAACCAGGGCAACAUGGACUUCCUUAACGUGCCCGACCAGGGCAUGUCGGGGAAACUAAGGAAGCAAAGCAUCGGUCAGCGGCCCCCUCCUGCUCCCAAACCUCAGCUUCGUCCUCAGGGGCCUCGCUGUCGAGCCUUGUAUCAGUACAUCGGCCAGGACACGGACGAAAUCAGCUUUGAGUUCAAUGAUGUCUUUGACCUUGUCAAAGAAGAUCCAUCUGGAUGGUGGACUGGCCGAAUUCGAGGAAAAGAAGGACUCUUCCCUGGUAACUAUGUGGAAAAGAUUUAACUAGUUCAUUGAACCUGGUUGAGCCAUGGAUGGAUGGCUGCUCAGAAGACUGAAGGAAGGAAGGCAGUGCCAUCAAGUUCCCUCCACUUAAAGCAAAGAGCAUGUGACCGCCACACGUGUAAGGUUUCAUCUGUGUGGAACUUUUUGUUCUAAAUAACCAAGCAACAAGCUUCACUUACAGUCAAACAAAACAUUGCUGCAUUGUAUUUUGGAGUCAACACGGUUUACAUUCCCACUCUGUUGUUUUUAGGAGGAAAAGAGCAACAUGUAACAGUUGAACAAUAGACACAAAAUCAGCUUUGAGUUCAAUCAUGUGUUUGACCUUGUCAAUAAAAUAAGUCUAGUUCAUUCCCUUUUAUUAUGGGACAUACAAAUGA